AAAGGCCUGUUACAAGGAGCUCGGUACGGAUCUCGCUCGCUUCGGCACCACCCACUCACUCAGCUCCUGCUUGUCGAGGAGCCCACGGACCCUGGCCGAUGCACCGACGACAUGCGGGACCCCUGGGAGGCUGUAUACAUGCGCCCCUGCUGUGCAUCGCCCGGACUUGUCCAAGUCCGCCAUAGCUGUCACGGCCACUGUUUCGCCACUCGGUCCGCUCGUCGUCGUUGCCGCUGUCGCUGCCAUCCAGCACUCGACAGGACUACACUAACGCCUGCUUCUUUGCUACCACAUUCGCACUCCCAUCGCGCCAGCUCUGCUGAGCCGCAUGGCGUAUUCCUCACACAUGCAAAUCAUCGAGUCGGGUAUAGAAUCCUCAACCUUCGACAACGAGAAGCAGACGAUCCACUCUGUCCUGGACGAGUCGCCAAAGUCGCUGUGGUCUUCGAUUGGGUCAAAGACAGCUGACGUGGACGAGUUCCUGACCUUCCGCCUCAUCCAACCCGCCUGCAUCGUAACGAGAAUCGAGCUGAUACCCUUCAAAGCCUUCUAUCAGCGCGGCGCACCUGUCUACGGCCCGCGCGAGAUCUCGGUGUCGAUUGGCUUCCACACGUCGCUCAAGAGAAUGCACUACACAUCAGAGCGAUACCAGCUGGAGAACGAACACAAAGUACAAGUUAUCAACAUCGCACCUACGCUGGUCGUCGGAGAAUUUGUCCGCCUCAAUCUGUUCGGACGCUUCCAGAAGCAGAGUGAUGACAAUCUAUUCUACUCGACCCUCCAAAAUGUCAAGUGCUAUGGUAUUCCAUUAGGCAUGUGCUCGUCGCUGCGGUGGAUAUCGCGAUCUCUUCUGCGGCUCGCGCUCCUGCUGACGGACGAACGGCACUCGGAAGAGUAUCGCCGUGGAGCCGGGCACAAUCGCUCCAACGCCGCCGUCGAGAAGGUCAUGCAAAGACUCAAGACCCAGAUCCAGCCCGAGCUGGCAUAUCGCGCCAAGAUGAUUUUCACGCGGAAGCAACACGCUCAAAAGAUCAUGAUGGGCGAGUGGAAGUCUGUGGCCCGGGAGAUUGCGUGCCACAACUGGCGUCACGAACUGCGGAGCCAGAAGUACCUCGAGUGGUUCAAGAAGACGGUGCAGGAGUAUUUCAACAAGCGCGAGCAGCGGACGGAUGCCGCUAGCUACACCACGGUCUGGGGAACGACCAUCAAUCCCUCCGACUCGAGCGGCUCUUCUUCGUCCGAUCACUCGGAUCUGGACCAGCCGACGAGUGCGACCGAGGCCCCGGCACAGUCGCCGCACGUCACCUCGCCCAUGUUCAUUUUGCCAGACUCGGGCCAAGCCCAGAAUCCCAUGGUUUUCUAUCUGGACUGCCUCCACCACCUCGGCUCGUUCUUGAAUGCAUAUGAAACUAUGGAAAUGGCGCGCAUCUCGGUCGAAAGCAAAUCCGUCCACCGAAUGAGCCAUGCCUUUUUCGCAAACAGGUUCGAGUGCACUGAGGAGCUCGGUGACUUUUUCGCCUCGCACCAGCACACGCCGAUUGCUCUGUCGAUCUACUCGCGCGCACACAUCACGGAUAAGAUCAUCGAGCUAUCGAUCCAGCUUCUGUACUUUACGACGAUUUUUGAGUACAUCCGCGACUCGCACGAUGCCAAUUACUGCAAACAAAUCAUUCGCCGGGUGCGGCAAAAGAUCGGGCUUGUCAAUGCGGUGCAGUUCUCAUGUCAGCUACUAUGUCUCGAGCCGCAAUUUCGGAAUGCCGUUGUCGAAGUCUUCCAAGUGGCAAGCGAAACGAGCCACAUUGUCGAACUUAAUGACCUUGUUGCCUGGCUCGGCAACUGGGCCAUGGUCAAGGAAAUGCAAGUCGACGACCAGUGACUCGCCAUCGGCCCACGCUCCUCGCUGCUCGCCCGCCCCUCGUUUCUUGGUACUUGGACUCAACGCCACCCAUCCACCCUGCAGUACUUAUUUUUGGCUCAUCCUCGGUCUCGUCGUAAUUGGAACACCCUCAUCGAAAAAUCCACUCCGAUCAUCCACCCCUGCAGCCUCACUGCCAGCGACACUGACUGCCAGCAAAUCAUAGCUGGUAAAGUGCUCGACACUCGACAUUCGACACUCGACACUCGACACUCG